AUGACUGCCCAGGAAGACGACACCACCACUGCCGAAGACGCUCCCAUCGUCGAACCGCUCAGCGAUGAGCUCAACAUCCGCGAACCCGUCGUCCCAUCGGCGCGGAGCUCUAAGCCGCAGUCGCAGACCCAGCCACCGACCGACGCCGCCGCCGCCUCUCCCAAUCUUGCUCCUCCUCUGACAACCGCACUGCCCAACCAGGCGCAUCCGCUCUCGGCAUCAGCGCCAGCGCCGACAAAACCCGCCAAGAGCCCUCGAGUCUCGCUCUCCUACGCCGAACGCCCGGAACGGCCCUCGCGCAGGGAGAACACCUCUGCAAUCUCUGCCGCAAGGCCCUCCGAGGACGGCGGCGGCCUUUCCCGCGAGCCUUCUCAACACCGUCCGCGCAGGUCGCAGUCAGUGCAGCGCGGGAGGCGGAGCAUCGAUGCCGCAGGCGCAGCGGUGCGUCGUUCCCUCUCCAUGGUCCGUAAGAGCGAUGCCGGCCCCAUCGAUCCCCUCCAAGAGCCUCGCAGGUCGAUCGGCAAGCGCGACUCCGAGCUCCAUCUCAACCAGCGCGACCCGCACCUUGCCAACAAAGAGUGGUGGAGGCAGGCGCGACGGGCCGUUCCCUUUGCUGCGCCCUACGAGAGGUCCGGCGUCGUCCUCGACCAGCCGGCCGCGCUCAAGGACUGGGCCAUACCGGGUCCUCUGACCCUCGGCCACGGCCAGUGGUGGUACCUCACCUUUGGACAGAGCCUCGUCGCCGCCGUCAUCUCUGGCGCCAUCAACUUUGGCGUCGCCGUCGCCCUGUACAAGGGCCGCGACACCGUCGACCUAUGGACCUUUUCGCGGCAGACGGUGGCCGGCGACAUGGGCGUCACGGUCAUCAUCCAGCAGAUCGUGUCCUUCAUCAUCACGUCAUCCUUGACUCACCACGACCUCUACGCAGGGCCCAUUGGCCCUCUUCGGCGUCCCUGGCCGCCGCUGCUUCACCUGCCGUCGACGCCCGAUCCUGCCGGAAGCUGGCUCGGCGUGAGGAUGGCAGAGGACGUCAAGCGGGACGGAGUGCCCUGCUCCAUGGGCCGAUCGGAGGGCAAGUCGAAGGCCAACGGCUACUGGUGGUGGUUUGUCCGAGCCGUCCUGACGGGCAGCGAGCGCAACGACCUGCUGGCCACCGGCAUCUCUUGGCGGCAGAGGCUCGAGCGGCUGGUGUGGACCGCGGCGCAAGGCUUCGGCUUGUGCGUCCUCACCUUCUGGUGGUACUGGCCCUUGGCCAUCGCCAUCGUCGCACCCAUCUAUGGCGGGCGCGAGCUGGCCGGCACCUGGAUCCCGAUGAUCAUCAAGCUCCUCUUUGGCGCCAUCCUCUCGCUCCUCACCAACCCCAUCAUCGCACUCAUGGCCAUGGGAGCCGAGAGCUCGGUGCGCCGAUGCUACCCGGAGCUGCCGAUCUGGUACCCUUUUGGCGGCAAGGCCGACUUUGAGCAGUGGAAGGCCGAACAUGGCGUCGUAGACCCGGUCCCGGACCACGACGACGCCAACGGGGCGGCCGGCGCAUCGGAUCGGGACGCUGGCAAUGAGGCGGACACCCAUACCAGGGAGACGACUGUGACGGGCAACGGAACACCGCCAACAAACCUGCGCGGCAAGAAGACCUCGAUCGACGGCGAGCGCGAGGAGCAGCCGGCUUUCCUUGGAUCGACGCCGAUCGGGCGGAGGAUCACCGAGGAGCCAGGGAGCCUGCUUACCGGCGAAGACGAGGGUGCCGAGGGAACGCACCCUGGGCGAGGUAGGGAUAGCGUCGACGGCUAG